AUGAGCGCACCCUGUUGCGACAAUUUCUUCUCCCACUUCAGCGACGGCGUUAACAGCAGCAGCGGCAGCGGCAGCAACACCAACGAGCAAGACACUCUCUACACGCCCGCUCCGUCCCUGCAUCCUUCCCUCUCUGGCUCUCCUCCACUGAUCGUAGCCUCUGCCACCCCUACCUCUGCCCAACCCGCUUCCGUGCAGCGCGUGCAAGAAGAGGAUGAAGUGGAUGAGCUGAUGGAAGAGUCGCAGUGCAGCACACCCACCCUCAACGCGCUGCUUCACCCCAACCCGAUCGCUCACCAGCUCAGCCAAAGCGCUGGGCAUCUAGCAGACGCCACAUCACCACAAGACUGCAAUCGCGAGGGAGCGUCGACUCUGACUCGACCCGGCAAACCGCCUCAUUCUGCACCUGCACCAAUGAUGAAAAGGCACAAGCUGAGAGAGUACGACUCGCACAACUCCAGUCACGUACGAGUCGAUCAUGCUGCCAAAGCUCUGUGGACAGAGUAUGGUGCGCUCAUGCCCAUUCCGACAUUCAGCGAGCUAGCGAGGCGCAAAAAUGCCAAGGUGACCAUGGCGACAGUAGCAGCAGCAGCAGCAGCAGCAGCAGCAGCAGCAGCAGCAGCGCAGAAACAUCAACAGCCUGAGCGCCGUGAAGAAGCGCUCGAGAUUGACACGCGCAAGAAUGGCGCUCGGCGUAACAAAGAGGCAGCAACAGCGAGCUGCAAGAGGACAGCCGUUGCGCAUGCAUUGGAGAACGUGGAUGCAUCGCAGCGACUCGACCAACCUUUGGUGCAGAAGCUCGCUCUUGCUCAUCGACCCAGCAUCUCGCCGCUGGACACGGCAGACGAAGAGGAGAGAGCCUUUUUCCUCGCCCCUUCCUCAUGCGGCAUGGGCGACGACGCGUCUUCCGUCGAUUCCUCGGACACGGCCGAACCUCUGCCCAGAAAGAGGCAGAGACGAGCGAGCACAAGCACUGGCGGCGAAGCGCACCGUCCGCCUGCCAUCCUCACCUCUCUCAAGCUCAGCAAGUCUUCGCCCAUUCAAGGUCAGAGUCGAGAUGAGGUCAAGGUCGCCAACCAAGCCGACGUGACGGAGAAAUAUGGCAGAAUCAUAGCGGGACAGCGCAAGGGUGGCAGAGUUGAGCAGCAAGAGAAUCCUCUUCGCUUGCCGCUCUCGUCCAUUUCUCCGAUCUCCGUCUUUUCAGCAGCUCACAUUUCUCCUCUGUUGCAGCAGCAGCAGCAGCAGCGAAGCAAGAUGACAAUGCCCAGCAAUCGUGAAGGUCAAGUCGUAGAUCCGGGUCGCGCGCUCAAAGACGAGCCCGCUCGAGCUAGCAGAAAGCUGUCGAGCGGAGCGCGCCACGCGGCUCCAAGACCCCCCCAGCAGAAUGCGACCUUCGCUGCUCAAGCUCGCAAACGCAAGCUUGACCGAUCGACUGGCAGCCAAGAGCAAAGGCAAAGGCAAAGCGAAUCAUCCAAGCGCAGAAAGAAGCGCAAACGCAGCUCAAAGAGCCGAAGCGGCAGUCUCAGCAGCGCAGACAUUGUAGUCGUCGCUCCAACUCUGAGCCACACAACGACGGCACAACAGAGCAAGAAAGUUUGCGAAUCGAAGAACAGGGCUGCUCGUGCUCGGUCUUUGCCACCUGCAAAGUCGGAUGACCUUGCGUCGAUGAGCACGCCGUCACCGCCGCUGCAGUACAACAAGGACGCGAUCCGGAAAGCUGUGGAAAUGGAUCGUGCGUGCAUGAGCACUCCGUCGCCUCUUCGACCUGCGGCAGACAAGCAGGCUGGCGAUGUGAACAUGAACGACGAUGGCGACUCGUUGAAUACUCCAUCGCCACCGCAGCACGCGCAUACAUGCGCCGAUCGCCAGAACGACAAGGAUCCGAGCCAGCUCGCGGAUGAUCGCGACGAAGUUUCGUUGGGCACGCCUUCCCCACCUGAAAAUCGCCGCAUGUACAUCGUCCCAAGACAGCACAAGAAGGUGUCCAAAGCGCGCGUGAGCAGUGGUAAUCAAUCCUUGGAUACGCCGUCUCCUCCGCAGCAGCUGCGAGCGCAGAAGAGCGCAAAACUCGGCACCAAGUCGUCCGAUGUCGAUGCUGCGGACAAGACGAUGAGCAAAGAUUCUCGCUUGCAAAGGGCACACGCGACGGCAAAGGUGGGCAAGAAAGCGGCCGAUUCGGAUCAAUGCAUGAGCACUCCUUCACCUCCAACGGCUAGCUCCUCGCAAUUCCUUGCAAAAAUCGUCAAUGGCAAGACGACUUCGAAAGCGAGCGUCAACGGCACGGCUAUUGUCCAUCGCUCCACUUCCGCAUUGCAGCAGACAAAGCAUGCACCAUCCCGAGCUCCUCAGGGUGCCAACACACCAGUGUCGCAAAGCAAAUCGACUGCUCAAGAUGCGUGGGAGCGACCUCCCUACUCCCAUCAGCGCAGCGCCGAGGCAUCCAGAGCUAGAGAGUGGAUGCUGCUGCAGCGCGAGCAACGCGACGAAGCUGCCUCCGCACGGCCCGUAGGAGCGACGGGCAAAGCCCACAAGAAUGCGCAGUCAGGCUUCGGCCUGGCGGACAGCGCGAGAGGCAGAAACAAAUCGUGGACUCCUGCAGAGGAUUUGAUGGUUUGCAAUGCGUAA